UGAUAGGAAGCGCCGGGUGGCCCGCGGCGGCGCGCACGCGCGCGCAGUGGGCGGCCCCGCCCCUGCCCAAGCACCGCCCCCUCGUCACCGCUGGCGCGGCCAGUCCACCCAGCUCCCGGCAGCAAAGCCGUGUCGCCCGGGCCGGGAGUGGAGCUUCCUCCUCCCUGUGCGGUGCUGCGCCGCCGGUUUGUCCUUCCGCCCCUGCCUCCGCUGCGCCGGAGCAAGCGAGGGGACGAGCGGAAGGUGCGCUGGAGCCCACGCCCGGGAUGCGGCCGGCGGGAGCCGCGGCAGUCGCGGGGUCGCCUGCACGGGACAUGCCGCAGUGCGGGGAGCCGCAACAGGCCCUGUCGCCCCCGGCCUCCCAGCUGCCUCUGGUCGCACCUUCGGGGACGCUGCUCCCCGCUCCGGGCAGCGCGACGAUCAGCCGUCUUCCCGAGCCGCUGCUGCGGAGGCUCAGUGGGAGCUUGGACCGAGCGCCCGAGGGUCGGGGCUGGAGGAGGCUGGCGGAGGUUGCGGGGAGUCGGGGGCGCCUCCGGCUAAGCGGCCUGGACUUGGAGCAGUGUUCCCUUAAGGUCUUGGAGCCCGAGGGAAGCCCCAGCCUGUGUCUCCUGAAGCUCCUGGGGGAGAAGGGCUGCACCGUCGCGGAGCUGAGUGACUUCCUGCAGGCCCUGGAGCACACCGACGUCCUCCAGCUCCUCAGCCCCCCAGGAAUAAAGAUCACUGUAAACCCAGAAUCAAAGGCAGUCUUGGCUGGACAGUUUGUGAAACUCUGUUGCCGGGCAACCGGACAUCCUUUUGUACAAUAUCAGUGGUUCAAAAUGAAUAAGGAGAUUCCAAAUGGAAAUGCAUCCGAACUUAUUUUUAACACAGUGCAUGUGAAGGAUGCAGGCUUUUAUGUCUGUCGAGUCAAUAAUAACUGCACCUUUGAAUUCAGCCAGUGGUCGCAGCUGGAUGUUUGCGAUAUCACAGAAUUAAGAGAAAGCUUCCAGGGAAGUUUGGAUGCCAUCUCUGAAUCUAGGUUGCAAAUAUGCGUUGAACCGAGGUCCCAAAAGCUGCUGCCGGGCAGCACACUGGUCCUACAGUGCGUUGCUGUCGGAAGCCCUAUCCCUCAGUACCAGUGGUUCCGAAACGAGUCCCUUUUAGCACACGAGACAAAGAAGAUGUACAUGGUACCUUAUGUGGAUUUGGAACAUCAAGGAACCUACUGGUGUCGUGUAUAUAAUGACCGAGACAGUCAAGAUAGCAAGAAGGCAGAAAUCAUCGUAGGAAGAGCGGAUGAGGCAGUGGAGUGCACUGAAGAUGAAUUACAUCAUCUUGGGCAUCCUGAUAAUAAAGAGCAAACAGCUGAACAACCUUUGGCAAAGGACAAGGUCGCUCUCUUGAUAGGAAAUAUGAAUUACUGGGAGCACCCCAAGCUUAAAGCUCCUUUGGUGGAUGUGUACGAACUGACCAACCUGUUGAGACAGCUAGACUUCAAAGUCGUUUCCCUGCUGGACCUGACUGAAUACGAAAUGCGCAAUGCCGUGGAUGAAUUUCUGCUCCUUUUAGACAAAGGAGUAUAUGGAUUAUUAUAUUAUGCGGGACAUGGUUAUGAAAACUUUGGAAACAGCUUUAUGGUCCCUGUUGAUGCUCCAAAUCCAUAUAGGUCUGAAAAUUGUCUGUGUGUGCAAAAUAUACUGAAAUUGAUGCAAGAAAAAGAAACCGGACUCAACGUGUUCCUGUUGGAUAUGUGUAGGAAAAGAAAUGACUACGAUGAUACCAUCCCGAUCUUGGAUGCACUGAAGGUCACUGCCAACAUCGUGUUUGGAUAUGCCACGUGUCAAGGAGCAGAAGCUUUUGAAAUCCAGCAUUCUGGGUUGGCAAAUGGAAUCUUCAUGAAAUUUCUAAAAGAUAGAUUAUUAGAAGACAAGAAAAUUACCGUGUUACUGGAUGAAGUUGCAGAAGAUAUGGGUAAAUGUCAUCUCACCAAAGGCAAGCAGGCUCUGGAGAUCCGAAGUAGCUUAUCGGAGAAGAGAGCGCUGACCGACCCCAUUCAAGGAACAGCGCAUUCCGCCGAGUCCCUGGUGCGGAACCUGCAGUGGGCCAAGGCGCACGAACUUCCGGAAAGUAUGUGUCUGAAGUUUCAGUGCGGCGUUCAGAUUCAGUUAGGGUUUGCAGCGGAGUUUUCCAACGUCAUGAUAAUCUACACCAGCAUCGUCCACAAGCCACCCGACAUAAUAAUGUGCGACGCCUAUGUCACUGACUUUCCGCUCGAUCUAGAUAUUGAUCCGAAAGAUGCAAAUAAAGGGACACCUGAAGAGACUGGCAGCUACUUAGUAUCGAAGGAGCUUCCCAAGCAUUGCCUGUACACUAGACUCAGCUCGCUGCAGAAGCUAAAGGAACAGCUCAUCUUCACGGUGUGUUUGUCGUACCAGUACUCGGGGCUGGAAGACACCGUGGAGGAGAAGCAGGAGGUGAACGUGGGGAAGCCUCUCAUCGCCAAGCUAGACAUGCACCGGGGCUCGGGGAGGAACACCCGCUUCCAGACCUGCGUCAUGUGCAGCGGCCCCCACCAGGGCCCCGCGUCCCCCCCGGCCGGACUGCUGCACCCCGCCCAGGACUCCUUCCUGGGCAUCUACCGUUCGCAUCUCGGGAAUGCCAGCAGUGUCACGCCGUCAGACAGUUGUCACUGCAGCCGGACUGCGGGUGCUUUUAUGUCCGGUCACCACACACACCGCUACUCGUCUCAGUUUGGGGGAAGUAACGUGCCGGUCGAGACGACCGAUGAAAUACCGUUCAGCUUCUCCGACGGGCUCAGGAUUUCUGAAAAGUGAUCUCCUUGCUUUCGAGAGUUAUAACUGCUAGAUGCCUCUGAUGCAACAGCACCUGUAGAAGGUGAGGUCUUGUGACAAACCACGUGUGUGUAUGUAGAGAAAGGAAAUAACAGCCAUUCCGUGGCGGGCGAGGUCAGGACUCUGAGACUGUGGAAUUACAUUAUUUAAUCACAGACUUCCUUGUCGUCCUUUCUCAAGAUUUUUUGGGGACUGGCUGAUUGGUUCUAUGAGAGAGAGGUGUAGAUGUGGGUAUGUUCAUCUGUGUAUAAAAAAGUAUUUUCAUUUUGACCACUCUGCAGUGAGAACACUGGGAAUGGCAUUACUGCAGAAUAAAUCCUUGUAUCUUUAGAACCAGAAAAAGGAUCUGUGUGAUUGGGCUUAACCAGAGUUUAUCAGGAGAGCAACACACCGAGGCGUCGUGUUUAAGUGGGACCCAGCACCUCGGCCCCCAGGUUUCCAGCCCCAGGUUCUUCCACGGCACCGCCUUCCUGACGGGAUCUCAGGUGUGUGAGGCAUCGCGUGUGCAGAUGGGGUUAAAGACAGCGUGGAAACAUACACAUUGUACGUAAACCGGACAUGCACAGGCUUUAGUUUGUGAUUAUAGGGCUUGGCUACAAAUGUCAGUUAAGAGGUUCGGAUGUAAACUUCAUGUAGAACACGUUGGAGUCUUUCAGUCUAAGGUCAAGAAAGCACAUGAGUGGUGAGAGUGUGUGUCUCUGUGAAAGGGGGACAGCGGGAUGAGGGGAUGACGGUGCCACUGGGAAAGCCCUGGCAUCUGCCUGGCAGAUCUCACGGACACUGGACGUGUCUUCCUUGGUGACAUGUGCCUUCUCAUUGCAUUUGACUCGCCUUGGGAGAUAAUCUCAUCACCUUUCUUUUUAAACUUGUUCUACCGAAAAGCAGGUUUAAAGGGCAGCUGUCAAUAACAAAGAAGAAAUUGCAUUUGUAGUGGUAAAACAUUCCACGAGGGAAUUCUCAGGCGCAGAUGGCUUCCCUGCUGUGUUCCACCAAACGUUUGAAGAUUAACACCAGUCCUUUGCCCACGCUCACCCGCAGCAGAAGACGGGAGAACACUUCCAGCUCCUCUGCCAAGGCCCGUGUUGCACUGACGUGGAACCAGAGACUUCACAAACUACAGACCAGCGUGUAUGAGUACAGAUUUAAAAAUCAUCAGCAAAGUACUAGCAAACUGCAUCUAGCAACGUGUAAAAAGGAUUAUACACAGAGACCAAGUGAGAUUCAUCCCAGGGUUGCAAGGUCAGUUCCAAGAAUCAGUUCAAAUGAUUCUCGUUCACAACAGGCAUAUGCUAUAAAGUCACUGAUAAUACUGAAUUAGAGAGUAUGCGGCCAUACCCCCCGGGGAAGUGUGCCAGAGUUGGAAUCGAACCUGUCCAGCGGCCCCAGAGCCUCUCCCACAGCACUGCCCUGUCCCUGCCCACUCCGUCCUCUGGUCGUCUCCGAGGGAGAGUGGGAAUGAGAAGGAAUCGGCUCGUUUGACUUCAGCUGAGAGCGCGUGAAUCGGGGAACUCCGCAUCCUCACUGGUCUGCGCACAUCUGCGAAUGAUCAUGAAAGUGCCCCAAGUACUGACUUUGGGAUCACAAGUUGGCAGAUUCACAAAGUCAGAAUCAUGAAUGAUGACUGACUGUACCAUGUUCAUAAAGGACAGGAUGAUCAUAUGAUUGUCUUAAUAGAUGCAGGAAAAGCAUCGGAUAAAAUUCAGCACCAUUCAUAAUAACAGUGCUCAACAGCUGGGAAUGAAAAGGAAUGUCGAAAUAACGAGGGCAUCUGUGAAAAACCUGCAGAAACCUCACACUUCAUGGCAAUGGACUGACUGCUGAGCGCUUUCCUCCGAAGGUCUGGAAGGACAAACCGUGUUCUCUCAUACCACCUCCUCUCAGCAUCGCACCGGAGGUCCCAGCCGCAGUAGUUAGGCAAGAGAAGAAUAAAAGGCAACCAUGGCGGAAAAGAAAACCAUACGUAUUUCAAAUGACGUGUCUCAGUAUCUCACUGUGUAGAAAGUCCUAAGGAAUUCAUUUAAAAACUAAUGAUUUCAACAGGAUAUAGAAUAGGUACAAGAUCAAUAUAGAAAAAUCAGUUGGGUUUUUUUUUUUAUGAAUGACAACUUUAUUGUUUACGCUUAAAAGCUGAUGAAAAACCCUGAUGAAUUCUAUUAAAGAAAAUACAACAUCUCAAGGAGAAACUACAGGUAACUACUACUCAAAUACUAACGAGGUUUUCUAAAACACAACUGGAAAACAUCCAGCACGCAUGUUGAACUUCAGUACAGUGGACUCGACCAACCAUACAUGUUACAUCAGAGCUAGUUUACAAGUCGUCAUAGUCAUCGACCUCGUCAUGUUUUCAACGCAUUUGGUGGUUCACUGGCAGUAUUUUUGUGAUGACACCACAUUAGUGGUAGUAAGAAUGUUUUUGGACCCAGUUAAUGAUGGAUUAAUCAAUACAUUCUGACUGCUGAUGUUGCAAGAACAGCACUUGCACAGCUGGGGACUGCAGAGUGGGCAUUUGCUCUGUAAACCUUUGCCCUGUGAGGGGCGUUGGAGCCCUUGCUGGAGGGGCCAGUGGGCCAAGUCCAGGGGUACUUGGUCUGCUAGUGACUGAACUAACAACCACAAAACUGUCACUCUUCCCACAGAAGUAGAUGCCUUUGUAUGUAAAGAAUCAAGUCGAUAAUUUGGAGCAGUCAAGCUGUAUGUAUCAGGUGGCAAUCUAGGGCCUGAAUGUUGCUUGAUCAGUUGCAAAAGGAUUUGAUUUCUUUGCCUUGCAAUAUCUAAUUAAAAACCUCCAAGCCCUGGCUGGUGUAGCUCAGUGGAUUGAGCACAGGCCUGCGAACCAGAGGAUUGUGCUUCGAUUCCCAGUCAGGGCACAUGUCCGGGUUGCAGGCAGGUUCCCUGCAGGCCUGUUCCCAGCAGGGGAUGCAUGAAAGGCAACCAUACGUGGUCGUUUCUCUCCCUCUCUCCUUCCACUCUAAAGAUAAAUAAAUAAAAUCUAAAAAAAACCCUCUUGGGGGGAGAGAGGUAAGGGACUGGUCAGCACGACAUUGGGUUGCUAUUCGUACAUCCACAGUAGCUGUCUUAGCGUGGCUUGAACAAACUUCUGCAUCAUCUAGAGUUGUGGUCACGUACUGGAAGGGAAGCUCCAACGUCUGGCUUAUCAUUCUUCGCUCGUAUUCUGUCAUGCCCUUGGCCUUCAGGAUUUCUGCCAUCUCCCACGCAUCUGUUGGCUUUCUCUUGGGCGAAGCCAUCCUGCCAGACUCCGUGAUGUCCAGGGACCAGGCUUCUCGAGCUAAAUCACCCACAUUAAUGUGUCUCAGUCCUGAUCUUGGGGCAUCUUCGUCUCGCGCGGUCUUUCCGGCCCCUGGGGUGCUGGGGAGCAGGAGGUUGGGAAACACCGUGGUCCCCAAUGCAAUGACCCUCCAGUGUGAUUUCUGUACUAGCGAUGAGCAUUCUGAAAUGGAGAUUUUCAAUAAAUUCUAUUUACAGUAGCAUCACGAUGAAGGAAACAACAAAAUACAUUUGAAAGAAAUGAAGACCUAAAUAAAUGAGAGGACAGCUUUGUUCAUGGGUUGGAAGCCAACAUUGUUAAGGUGGCAGCAUUGCCCAGAUCACUGCAGAGUCGGUGCACUUCCUGUCCAAAUCCCAGCUGGGUUUUUUUGUUUUGUUUUGUUUUGUUUUGUUUUAGGAAUUAACUAGAUGAUGAUAAAUUUCAUAUAGAAAUGCAAGGGACCCAUAGCCAAAACAAUUUUGAAAAAGUACAAAGUUGAAAGACACUAACCAAUUUCAAAACUUACUACAAAGCUACAGUAAUCACAACAGCAUGGUACUGCCAUAAGGAUAGACGUGUACAUCAAGGGAAUGUAAAAUACAGCUCAGAGUUUAGAAAUAAACCUGUACGUUUAUGAACUGACUUUUUGAUAAGGGUACCAAUACCGUUCAGUGGAGAGAGAGUUGCCUUUUCCACAGAUAGUCCUAGGAAAACUGCAUAACCAUGUGCUGAAGCACCUGACCUUCCACCACAUACAAAUGUUCACUCAAAUGCAUCACACACCUAAUUAGAGGAGCUGAGACUAUAAAACUGUUACAAGAAAACAGAGAAGUGCAUCUCUGUGACCUUGGGCUAAGCAGUGGUUUCUUGGACACGACACCAAAAACACAAGCAACAAAGGAAAAAAUUGGACUCCUUCAAAAUCAACUUCAGUGCUUUCAAGAAUGCUGUCAGGAAAGUGAAAAGAGCCCUGGCUGGUGUGGCUCAGUGGAUUGAGCCUGCCAACCAAAGGACCAUGGGUUCAAUUCCCAGUUAAGGCAUGUGCCUGCCUUGUCCCUGGUUUGGGGUAUGUGAGAAGCAACCAGUCGAUGUAUCUCUCACACAUGGAUGCUUCUCUCUCUCCUCCUCCCUUCCCAUCUCUCUAAAAAUAAAUAAAAAUCUUUUUUUAAAAGUGAAAGUGAGAAGACAAGCCACAGAAUGGGAACAAUUUUUUGAAAAUCAUACCUGAUAAGGGACUUGUAUCCAUAGUAUAUGAAGAAUUUUUAUGAUAAGACAUAACACACACACAUACAUAUAUGUCGUGCUUAAUUACAGCUGUUGCAGAGCAGUAGCCUGUGACUUGUCCCUGGCUGUGGUGACAGCAAUGUCCUGUGUCUGCACUCGGAUGGGUGGCCUCCAACACCAUGUGGUAAUUGAGCAACUGAAAUGUAGCAAAGUGAGGAACUCAAUUUUUAUUCUUCUAGUUUUAGUUUAGCCACAUCCAGCCAGUGGCUUCUGUGCUUUGCUGCCAUGGAAAGUGGGGCUAGAAGGUAGGAUAAAGGGACUUUUACUCCUCACUUUAGACUUCUCUGUAUAUUUGAAUUUUUAAACUAAGCCUGUAUCUGCCCUGGCUGGUGUGGCUCAGUGGGUUGAGUGCUGGCCACUGAACCAAAGGGUCACCAGUUCAGUUCCCAGUCAGGGCACAUGCCUGGGUUGUGGGUUAGAUCCCUAGUUGGGGGUGCAUGAGAGGCAACCACACAUUGAUGCUUCUCUCUUUUCCCUCCCUUCUCUCUAAAACUAAACAAAAUAUUUUAAAAAGUAAACAAGCAUGCAUCUAUCAUUUUUAAACAUUUUUAGAUAACUAAACGGAUGGUGCAGUUUUUGUCUUUUCAACCGGCCAUUGCUUUUCUUUUACUUGAAUCUCUUCCGCCAGUUGCUUUGUAAUAUUAGCCUAGGACUUGUACUUUG